GGGUCUCAGGCUGUGGCUGUAGCACAAGGUGGCCUAUUUUUUUUUUUUUUUCCAACGGUGGUGCUAGAGGUAGGGAUGCUGGCGCUGAAAGGCACUUCCAUAUCUGCCACUGCCUGUACCCAGGCCACUUUCUCCGUCCGGCAGCCCGGGCGAUAUACCCCUUUGGUCGGUUCGGGGCAGGAGAGGAGAGAAGAGAAGCCUUUAGUUGGGGGUCCUUGGGGAAGACUGCGGGGUCCUGAGCCUUACACGCUGCUGGUGGACUGGCCUUUGCCAUCCCGGGACAGGAAGGGCCGGGAGAGAAAUGAGAGUGUUGGCUCUGAGGUCCGGAGAGCGAAAGGGAGCUGAGGGCGGCGAGGUGGAGAGAAAACCACUAACGCGGGCUGGUUCUGCGGUGGGGAGCGCAGGUCAGCUGCCUCCGGAGCGUGUGCGCCGCCGGAGGGGCUGCGUAGAGGGGGACGUCACCAGACCCGGUCCCCAGCCGGCAGGCGUCCCCGGGAGAGCUAGCGAACUGCCGCCGCACACACGCCUCUUCCACGAGCUAUUUUCGUAGACUUGCAGCAUCCAAGGAGCCUCUCCUCUAUCAUUUCACGCUGUGGGGUCUGUAGGGACGAUGGCCAUGGUGCCAGGCACUCCAGGGAGCGUUUUCCUGCAGUGUCGUGUCCUAUGGGGAGUUGGUGGCGAGGAGCACGGCGGACGCGCGGCUCUUACUGGCCCUCCCGGCCCGGAGCCAACGGGACAGGGUCCUGGGAUUCCCGGGUCGCUGCAGGCCCCUCCCCGUGGGAGCUGGGCCCGCGACCUCGCAGGUCUCUUGGGCACCGCUUAGGUGGGAGGUUGGUGAGAGUCGCGGUUUGUGGGCUGAAGAUGUUGUGAGCCGUUAAAACCCCAAAAGACAUAGACUUGGUAAACUGAGGCUACCUCUGAACAAAUGUCGGCGUUGGGAGAAGACUCGGGCAGGGAAGUAAAGGACAGUCGCCACGAGUUGCAUCCCCGUCCCCCAAGAAAAACUUCUGGAGAUGAAAGUUCUUUUCAGCUUUUAUCUUUUUUAACUUAAAAAAAAAAUGGGGAGAAAAACGUGAUUAGCGAUGAAUCCUUCCGAAUCCGAAACUGAAAUACACCCGGCUCUCCCCAGCUCCUGGGUUUCAGCGCGGCGCGCGCUCCCGCCGCCGUCCGGGGAGAUUCCUGGGAGCAGAGGCUGGUCCCGGAUCCCGGGCGCCCGCCCCUUCCACCGUCCCUUCGGCGCGGGGACCGACCCUUCUCCAUCUGCUUUUCCCAUUUCUGGAGCUCCAUCCAUGGGGCUUUUUUAGGGUUCCAGGCGUCUCAAAAAAACUCUGCUCUCCCCAACCCUUUCGCAGUCAGCCCCAGCGGUGGCGCGGGAGGGGGAAAACCUACAGCCGCUCCACAAGUGGCGCGGCUCGGGCCAGGCGCGGACGGUCGUGCAGGGACGCCCGCGGGCUCCCAGCCCGGCCGUGGAGUCGGGCGACGCCGGACAGUCGCGGCGGGAGGGCUGCGCGCUUGAUUCUUUCCUCUUCCUCAAAGACGUCCCUCGAGUGCCCCCAAGAAGACAACCAAGUUUGUCGGGGGGAGUGAGGCGGGAGACCUGAGCUCUCAAUCUCCGAAGAGACCCAAGGCGGGAACCGGGAACAGCCUCAGGAAAGGGAGGCGGGCGCAGUGGGCUUUCGAGCGGGAGUCGUGGGACUCGGGACCCCGGGGCGGGCCUGGGCUGACGCAGGGUCGCAGCGCAGGUUUUCGAAAAGGCCCUCGUGCUGAGCGACCCACGCGCGCAGCAUCUUCGGUUAGAGUUAGGACAUCCUAGUAAUUCCUUGAGCUGUGGGCUGGCGAAAUUCUUGAGGAAAUAUUUGCUGCGACUCUGCAGCUGGUGCAAAGGAGGAAGGGGGGGAAGGAAGUGGCGGGGGGAGGACUGGGAGGUUAAAAAAUCAGAGAAGCUGGAGAGAGAGAGACGGAGACGCCGAGGUCCAGCGCAGGCCGAAAGCUGUUCACGGUUUUCUCGACCCCUGGGAACGUGGAGCCAUUCCGUAGUGCCAUCCAGAGCAACGCACUGCCGCAGCUCCUCUGAGCCUUUCCAGCAAGUUUGUUCAAGAUUGGCUGUCAAGAAUCAUGGACUGUUAUUAUAUGCCUUGUUUUCUGUCAAGACACCAUGAUUCCUGGUAACCGAAUGCUGAUGGUCGUUUUAUUAUGCCAAGUCCUGCUAGGAGGCGCGAGCCAUGCUAGUUUGAUACCUGAGACGGGGAAGAAAAAAGUCGCCGAGAUUCAGGGCCACGCGGGGGGACGCCGCUCAGGGCAGAGCCAUGAGCUCCUGCGGGACUUCGAGGCGACACUUCUGCAGAUGUUCGGGCUGCGCCGCCGCCCGCAGCCUAGCAAGAACGCCGUCGUCCCUGAUUACAUGCGGGAUCUCUACCGGCUGCAGUCUGGGGAGGAGGAGGAGGAAGAGCAGAUCCACAGCGUCGGCCUGGAGUACCCCGAGCGCCCCGCCAGUCGGGCCAACACCGUGAGGAGUUUCCACCACGAAGAACAUCUGGAGAGCAUCCCAGGGACCAGCGAAAACUCUGCUUUUCGUUUCCUCUUUAACCUCAGCAGCAUCCCCGAGAACGAGGUGAUCUCGUCCGCGGAGCUUCGACUCUUCCGGGAGCAGGUGGACCAGGGCCCUGACUGGGAGCAGGGCUUUCAUCGAAUAAACGUUUAUGAGGUUAUGAAGCCCCCGGCAGAAGUGGUGCCUGGGCGGCUCAUCACACGACUCCUGGACACGAGGCUGGUCCACCACAGUGUGACGCGGUGGGAAACCUUUGACGUGAGCCCUGCGGUCCUCCGCUGGACCCGGGAGAAGCAGCCAAACUACGGGCUGGCCAUCGAGGUGACUCCCCUCCAUCAGACACGGACCCACCAGGGCCAGCAUGUCAGGAUUAGCCGAGCGUUACCUCAAGGGAGUGGGGAUUGGGCCCAGCUCCGGCCCCUCCUGGUCACCUUUGGCCAUGAUGGCCGGGGACAUGCCUUGACCCGACGCCGGAGGGCCAAGCGUAGCCCCAAGCAUCACCCACAGCGGGCCCGGAAGAAGACUAAGAACUGUCGGCGCCACUCGCUUUACGUGGACUUCAGCGACGUGGGCUGGAACGACUGGAUUGUGGCCCCGCCGGGCUACCAGGCCUUCUACUGCCAUGGGGACUGCCCCUUUCCACUAGCUGACCACCUCAACUCGACCAACCACGCCAUUGUGCAGACCCUGGUCAACUCUGUCAAUUCCAGUAUCCCCAAAGCCUGUUGUGUUCCCACUGAACUGAGCGCCAUCUCCAUGCUGUACCUGGAUGAGUAUGACAAGGUAGUGCUGAAAAAUUAUCAGGAGAUGGUAGUAGAGGGAUGCGGGUGCCGCUGAGAACAGGCAGGCCUUGGGGGCACACACCCACACACACACACACACACACUCACACACUCACACACUCCCAGCCACUCUCCCACACAACACACAGACUGCUUCCUUACAGCUGGACUUUUAUCUUAAAAAAAAAAAAAAAAAGGAAAAAAAACCUAAACAUUCACCUUGACCUUAUUUAUGACUUUACGUGCAAAUGUUUUGACCAUAUUGAUCAUAUAUUUUGACAAAAUAUAUUUAUAACUACGUAUUAAAA